AUGGCCUACGCACGCUUGAAUCUCUCGCGACGCGCUACAUUCGGUCGUGAACCAAACUUACGGUCGCUUACUAUAGUGUUGUGUUCCGAUACCCCUAUUUACAAAAAUGCAUCUAAGCUCGAUCCAGUUGGCGUGCGCAGCACUGGUUGCGGUGGCGCUGGGUGCAGCCGCUCCCCCCUCAACCUCGCACCACGUGGCGCGCCGGUCGUUCUUCACGCUCGAAUGCAAGGGCGUCUACGACGCCGCCAUCUUCGCUCGCCUCGAUAG